UGUGACCAUUUGGCAUUUGUCUAUGGUCUUCUUGGUCUUCAGGGGAAUUUUUAAUUGCCGUCGAUUUUGUAGUAAACAUAACAUAAUAAUAAUUCAUAUUUGAAAGUCCAAUGUUAAUAGUAAAGCAUUAUUCAUUGUUCUAUUUAAUAGUUUAAUUUUAAAUUAAAAAUGAGUUCUAAGAAGGGCAAGCGUAAUAUAGGCAAUAAACACUUUCCAAUCGCGGAGUCCGUGAGCAUAGCUUUGAAGAUACAGCUGGAUAAGUUUUUGAGUGAUGAAAAUGAGACAGAACUGAAGUUCCCGACGUUCCUGUCAGCUCAAGAGCGAGGGUUCAUCCACGAGACGGUGGCAAAGUUGGGGCUGAAGUCUAAAUCGCGCGGGAAAGGUGUAAACCGCUACUUAACAAUAUACAAACGUCUUGGCUCAACAAUAAUUCAAAAUGAUGCUAAACUCAUUUUGGAUAGCAACAUGCGCUGCAGCAUUGGGGAGCUUUUUAAUGCAUAUCCUAUCACUAGCAAGGAGAAGGAUGAUUUGAGUAGCUGUCCUGAGAAAGAGAGGAGCCCACAGCUGGCUCACAAGACACUGGGACAGUUAAACAAUGGUGUGCCACAGGUCCCAAACACGACAUACAACCCAGAUUUACUGAAGUUCAGAGAGAAGUUGCCCGUGUAUGAACAGAGACAGGAUCUCAUCAAUGCCGUCUUACACAACCAGGUGAUAAUAGUAGCGGGGGCGACGGGGUGCGGCAAGACCACGCAGCUGCCACAGCUGGUGCUGGACCACUGCCAGGAGCACAAGCAGCCGGCCCGGAUAUACUGCACACAGCCCCGCAGGAUCUCUGCUGUCUCCGUCGCGGAAAGGGUAGCCCAUGAGCGAAUGGAGAAAAUAGGGCAAUCCAUCGGGUAUCAAAUUCGGCUAGAGUCGCGCGUCAGUCCGCGCACCGUGCUCACCUACUGCACCAACGGGGUGCUGCUGCGCACGCUCAUGGCCGGCGACACCGCGCUCACUGGAGUGACUCACGUAUUUGUGGACGAAGUGCACGAGAGAGACAAGUUCAGCGACUUCCUGCUCAUCGCUCUACGCGACGCUCUGGCGCGCCUCAAAGACCUCAAACUGGUGCUCAUGUCUGCCACCAUGGACACGCAGAUAUUCUCCAGAUAUUUCAACAACUGUCCCGUGAUAACGAUACCCGGUCGUCUCCACGAGGUCCAACGCCACUAUCUAGAAGAUAUCCUGAAGAUUACCAACUACAACACUAAGAAGAUGGCGCUCAUCGAGCGGGAGCUGAAGGGGAAACUGAAGAGCGGGCAGAGCUAUUGGUCGCAUUUGGAAGGUCAGAAGCAAGUGCCAGAAGAGAGUAACAGUAACAAGGAGGAGAAAGAGACACAAUUGAUAGACCCCGCUCUACAGGCAGAUAUGGAUGAAUUCUUGGAUGAAUGCUUUAAUGAGGGUAGUUUGGACUCGUUUAGUCAGAUCCUGUACAUGUUCCUGUCGGAAGGGGUGCCUGCCGAGUGCGCGCACUCCCGAUGCGGCCGGACCGCGCUCAUGGCGGCGGCCAAGCGCGGCCUCACCGACACCGCGCAACAGAUCCUGCGCAUCGGCGCGGACCCAUCCACCAAAGACAAAGCCGGCAAAACAGCCUACGACCACGCCCUCGAAAACGGGCACACCGAGUGCGCCAAACUUCUGGCCUCCUUCCACCACACAGAAGAAACCAAGAACAGCACAGAAGAUGACAGCCAAGCUGACAACUUCCUUCUAGAUGUUUACAAUCACGCCGUGUCUGAGGAACUGAUAGAUCAUGAUCUGAUGCUGGCUUUGGUGAAGCAUAUACACUUGAAUAUGCCCAAAGGGAGCAUAUUGGUCUUCUUGCCGGGAUAUGAUGAUAUUGUGACGCUGAGGGAUUUAAUACAAGGUUGCACAGAAAUGACGGUCAUGAAGUACCAAAUAUUCACAUUACACAGUAACAUGCAAACCUUGGACCAAAAGAAAGUGUUCAACCCUCUACCGAACGCUAGAAAAAUCAUCAUUUCCACAAACAUAGCCGAGACCUCAAUUACGAUCGACGACGUAGUUUACGUUAUCGACUCGUGCAAGGUUAAAGAAAAGUAUUACGAGUCGAAUGGGGGAGUUUGUUCGUUGCAAUGUGUUUGGACUUCGAGGGCUUGUUGCCAACAGAGGGCGGGGCGAGCGGGGAGGACUAAACCUGGCCAUUGCUUCCAUAUGUGUUCUAAACGACGAUUUAAAACCCUACCGUUAAAUUCCGUGCCAGAAAUUCUUAGAGUUCCCCUUCAAGAGUUGUGCCUUCACACAAAAUUGUUGUCCCCUGGAAACACGCCGAUCGCCGACUUCUUAUCAAAAGCCUUAGAACCUCCGUCGUUUUUGGCCGUCCGCAACGCUGUCUCGUUAUUAAAAACAAUCGGUGCUUUAACCCCUAUGGAAGAUUUGACUGAAAUCGGGCAACAUUUACUAGAUCUCACAGUCGAACCGAAGUUAGGCAAAAUGUUGCUAUACGCAUGCGUCAUGAAAUGUCUAGACCCAAUUUUGACGAUCGUAUGCAGUCUGGCGAACAAGGAACCCUUCCAAAUAUCUAUGAAUCCGGAAAAUAGGAAAAAGGGUGGAUUAGCUCGAAAAGAAUUCGCUGCUGACAGUUACUCUGAUCACAUGGCGUUAUUGAGAGCUUUCCAAGCAUGGCAAUGUGCCAGGCAGAAUGGUACAGAAAAAUCGUUUUGCUCGAAAAAUUUAAUAUGCGGUGCUACCAUGGAAAUGAUCGUUGGAUACCGAUCUCAACUAUUAGCUCAAUUAAGGGCGUUGUGUUUAGUCAAAGCUAGAGGUUCGGGUGAUAUUAAAGACGUGAAUUUGAACUCUGAAAAGUGGCAUGUCGUUAAGGCAGUGCUUGUUAGUGGGUUGUAUCCUUCCAUAGCAAGAGUAGAUCGCGAUUCUUGCACAUUAAGGACUUCCAAAGAAGUAAAAGUAGCGUUCCAUCCAAGUUCGACGUUACACCGUGGAGGUGGAGUGACAGGAUCUCAAAAAUCUGUGCAAAAUUUGCCAACAGAUUGGGUUGUUUUUGAGGAAAUCUCUAGAGUUGGACGGUUCUGUUUUAUCCGAUGCACUACAUUGGUUACUCCGUUAACGGUAGCUUUAUUCAGCGGUCCGAUAAGAUUGCCAGCUGGAGCUUUAACCCAAAGGGCGAAUCCUCCAGGGUUAUCGAGCGAUUCGGAUAGUGAGGCUGAGGACAAUACGUCCCCUGAUACAGCUGUCCUAACUUUGGAUGACUGGAUGGCGUUCACAGCGGACGCAUCCGAUGCUAUAAGCGUGUAUUACUUGAGGCAGAAACUGUGCGCUUUGGUAAUCCGUAGAAUGUCCAACCCGGCGAAACCUAUGACCCCACUCGACGAACAAAUCCUAAGCACCGUAGUCCACGUUUUGGGAGCCGAAGAGAAAAACGUAGGAUUGAAUCAACCUAGUGGAAUAGGACAGCGACCGAAGCCUUUGACUGUCGAUUCACCGAAUUGGCGCAUGAGGGUAGAAGAAGAGCAGUAUAGACACGAAAAUAAAUUCUACCCUCAGUACAGCCAAAGUCAAGGCGACUUCGGGAACCAAAAUAAUUACUACCAACAAAACAACUACUACCAGAACAGGAACGGUCAGAGACCUGGUUGGAGAAACGAUGGGAUGCCUCAAGGGUUCUCCCCGCAGUCUUAUAGUGGUCCAAAAAGUCCCAUGUCCCCAAACGGUAAGACUUUGCUGGCGAAUAUAGAGAAGUACGCGGAGAAUAAUGAGGGUAGCACGAGAUAUUUUGUGGUGAAAGCGGAUGAUUUGCACAGUGUGGAGGCAGCUCAAAAUGGGACCAGUUUUCCUUUUACGCAAAACACUGGGAAGAAGUUGCAGAAAAUUAAACAGGACGGUCACCGCGUGGUGGUGUUCUUCUCGUGCGCGAACACGUCCAAGUUCGCGGGCGCGGCGUCCCUGAGUGACGCGAACGGCAAUCUCGACUUCAUCUCCACACAACACGUGCCCUACCAUAUGGUCAGGCAUAUAGCCAAUUCUCUGGGCGGCGGGGGCCGGGUGGCGGGCGCGCGCGACGGCACGGAACUGUGCAGCGUGGCGGGCCGCGCGCUGCUCGCCGCGCUCGCGCCGCGCCGCCGCCAUCCGCACCAGCCGCACCAGGCACCGCACCAGCCGCAUCAACCGCAUAACCCGCACCAGCCGCGACCCAUACAGAAACACUCCGGGGACCUGUAGUGACCCUAUAGAGAAAAACUCAUUGUCCUGUACCACACUGAUAUAUAAUAAUAAAUAAUACUAUUCGCAUAGUACGCUGGAUAUAGGCGCCGUACAAAAUGACAGCUAUGUUUUGUGCCGAUUUGAAACGCCCCACCGAGCGUACCGGGAAUUAAAAUUGACAUUAUAUCAAAUUACCCUGUUUUACCUUUACGUUAACCCGCUGCGGGUGAGGAGUGGGUCUGCGGGGCGUCCCACUGUCUCAUACCCCUAUUGCCAUCUGAAUCUGUGAUGUACUUAUACUAUUAGUAUAUUAUUUGUACCAAGAUAACUCGACGUAAAGUGUCAAUUUUAAUUCUGUCUGUCGACUCCGGUAAACCUGCAUCAAUCAUUAUUAAAAUCGAAAUUGUGAUUGGCUGAAUUUAUGGUAUUUGUAGCCAAUAGUGAGCGAGAUUACAAUCGCAAUUGUAAUUGACUGAAUUUAUGCUAUUGUUACAACAAUGCAUUGUAACCAAUAGUGAGAGAGCAUCACCAAUCAGAGGCUGUCAUUUUACCGCCAUCAAGUUAGU